CUUGACAUCUGUGUAAUGUGUAAUCAGUGUAAUAUACGUAAUGUAAAAUGCAAUGAUUUAUGUAAAACGUCACUGUCACAAAUAUUUUUAUUUUCGUUUUAAUGAGAAAUUUUCAAGAUAUUACAUUUUCAUAGGCAUUCAAUAAUGUGGUUCUUUAGAUUUUGGGAAUAGCAAUAGUUUUCAUAAAUAAUUGAUUAUGGAGGAUAAUUCAAGUGUAAAAUCUGACGAGUCAAUAGCAACAAGUGAUGAGUAUUGUUUUGUUGGGGAUACUCCUGGUAUAAGUAAAACACCAACUUUGAAUUUCAAGAAUGGUGAUUUGGAAGAAUUGGCUAAUGCUCUUUCAGAGGUUUUGCAAGAGUCAGACAGCAAUAUUAGUGUUAUUAAUACGGAAGGCAAAAAAAUUGGCCACAGUACUUUCUAUGGAAGUCCAGUAGAACUUGGAAAAGAUCCGUUGAGCGUAGAAGGUCUGUCUCCUACUGAGAAACAGGAUUCCAUGAAACCUGACGCAAGUUCUGAAGAAGAGUGUAGUAUUUCAGAUGUCGAUCAAGAAUGUACCAUAUUCUCAGGAGUUACAUAUCUUGGAGCUGCUACAAUAAAUGCUCCAAAAUCAGAGGCUGAAAUUCAACGUAAUAUGGCAAUAUUGAAUGAACAAAGCAUUGAUCAAGGCUUAAAGAUAUCAGUUUCAGUACCUUCAUCCUCUCAAGGCCUUGUAGUAUUAUAUGAUGCAAAUUCUCAUUCUGUCAUAUCUCGUUAUGAAAUACAUCGAAUCUUAUUUUAUGCUCGUGGUUCGAUUGAUACCUCAGAAGCUGGUUGCUUUGCUUUCACUUGGUCUCACGGUGAUACUCAGGAGUCAGCCAUAUUUCAGUGCCAUGUUUUUCGAUGUGAAAUAUCCGAAGCAGUAUCACGAGUUUCAACUUGUUUUGCCAAAGCCUUUCAGAGAGUUCCCAGAUCAAUGAGUAGCUCAGUAGCAUCUGCUGUUGACAUGACAGGGUCAGUAACUACUAUAUCUGAAGCUCGUACAUUACUAUAUGUUUUUGAAGUCAAUCUGGAAAUCAAAGAAGAUGACGGGAAGGGUUCUUUUGCAACUGUUGGAAAGGAUAAAAAUGGUUUCAGAUUGAAGAUGAAUUUGGAAAAACAAUUUUGCCUGGGUAUAAGACAAGUAUCGGAUAAUGGGCCACAACUCUUCAUUGAAAGGUGCUUUGGUGUUCUUGUUGCUGCGGGGCGACAUGUUCGCCACUCCGAUAUGCAGCUCUUAGAAAUGAAAGAACAGGUUGGUUCAUCCCUUGAAAAAAACUGUACAACAAUUUUGGCUAAUUGGGAUCCAACAGAGGCAACAUUCGAACCGCUGAACGUAGAGACGCCUAAAGAUAUGAAACAGUAUAUGACAGUAGCUGUGGAUUUAGUAAUAAGAGGAAUACAGGAACCUGUGCGAUUUUUGAUUGAGACUCCAGUAAAGAUAUAUUCACUAAAUGAAAGAAAUUUCUGGUAUUUCCAGAGAAAGAGUUUGGUUCAGCAGUUUUUCUUGAAUUUAAAAGAGGUGGUGUCUGAUCUAAAUGAUAUACACUAUGAAGUUUUAAAUAUGGAAACUUCUGGAGAAUUAGACAGAAAUCUAUUGAACCUUAAUUUGAAUCUAUCCAGUUUAAUACAAUCUCCAAGUAUAACGUCCAUUGAUACUUUAACACCUAAAGAGGAAUGUAGUUCCGACGGUGACGAACCCUUGCUAAGUGGUACAGGUCUAGUAUCCAAAGACUGCUCUGAAAUUGUUCUUGAAAAUUGGGCAGAAGUUCUUUGUAGAUGGAAAACGACCCAACAAAAGCCAAAACAACUAGCCGGUUUAGUGAGAUUGGGUAUCCCAGAAGCCCUAAGGGGAGAAGUUUGGCAAAGACUAGCAGGAGUUGAAGAAAAUACAGAUAUGAUGGAGAAUUAUCGAUUGCUCAUAACAAAGGAAUCCAGCUGUGAAAAUGUUAUUCAACGAGAUAUCGCACGAACUUUUCCGGCCCACGAUUUUUUCAAAGAGGCCGGAGGCUUAGGUCAGGAUUCUCUCUACAGGGUUAGCAAGGCAUACGCCGCCUUUGAUUCAGAAGUUGGAUAUUGUCAGGGUUUGAGCUUUCUAGCAGCAACCCUUUUGUUGCAUAUGCCUGAAGAACAAGCUUUUUGUGUUUUAGUGAAAUUAAUGUAUGAUUAUCGACUCAGAGAUUUGUACAAGGAUGGAUUUGAUAAUUUAUAUCUGAGGCUGUACCAACUUAAUAAACUUAUGGAGGAACAACUUACCCCACUAUGGCUUCAUUUUGCAGAGCAUCACAUAGAAACUCAUAUGUUUGCAUCCCAAUGGUUUUUAACGUUAUUUACUGCCAGAUUUCCUUUGUACUUCGUUUUUCACAUCAUCGAUGUUUUUCUUCUUCAAGGAAUUGAUACACUCUUUCAAAUUGCUCUUGCUUUGUUAAUGUUGUGCAAGAAAGAUCUUAUGCAAUUGGAUUUUGAAGGUAUAUUAAAAUACUUCAGGGUGUCUUUACCUAAAAAAUGUCGCACUGAAGAAUCUGCUAAACAACUUAUCAAAUCAGCCUGUAGUCUGAAAGUCAAGAAAUUGAAAAAAUAUGAAGCUGAUUUCAUAGCAUUGAAAGAGGCGGCCUUCAACGCUGAAAAAGAGGCCAAUGAGGUAGAGCAACUUAGAGCAGACAUUGCAAGGUAUGAGGAAGAACGCAAAUUGAUGAUGGACGAAAUAACACAGUUGAAGGAUAUGCUGAAAAGAGAAGUUAAUCAGGCAGAAGUUGACAAAAGAAAUAAUAUGACAAUUAUUACUGAUUAUCAGAUGAUCAGGCAACGGCUGGAGUCACAGUUGCAAGUUAGGAAAACCGAAUUGGAUAACUUGAAGUCACUAGUAUCAAGAUGUGAGAGGUGUUCUGCCGCUUUCACAAAGUACAACCCGGAAUUGACAUUAGCAACAGAAGAUCAAAUGAAUGAGACUGAACGAAUAAGAGAGUUGGAACUUGAGUUGGCUCAAACUAAACUUGCACAUGUCGAGGCUGAGUGUAGAAAUCAGAAUUUGACCCAUCAGUUGAGAGCAGCAGAAUUGGAAUUCAACACUGCAAAAAAUAGUUGGCCACCUUGGCUCAGUAAGACUUUAACUUCAAUAAAGGAGGUGGCAAAUAAAAAGGAUUUUCACAAUAUUCCAGUAGCCCACUCGAACAUUCCAAAUACUACUCCAACUUUCAUAUCUCAUGUCAAUAUAGUCAGGAGAGAAAGUGUGCCAUUAAAACAUGACAAAUUCAAUAAAGAAUCUCGAAGAGAAUCUGUGCCUAUAAUUAAAGAUUCUCAGAGUUGUAGCAGCUUGAAAGGUCACCACUGAUCUUUGAUAUUAUUCUGCAUUUGUAUUUUUUCAUUUGAAUUCUCAGAAUAUUGGUUAAGUUACCAUGACUUUCAUGAUACUGAUAUUAUUUUUUUAGUGUUGUCAAUAUUUAUAUUUUAUUAUGUUUCAUUUUCAAUUUCAACUAAUCAAUAAUAGAGACAGGAUGCACUCAAUUUACUCUCUAUUCUUAGUAUUACCAUAGUAAACUUCGUUUUCUAUUCUCAACUGAAGUUUUUACACGAAUGCUUUUCUAAUUUUUUACUAAAAUAACUGAUUUUGAAAUAGAAUGUAUGCUUAUGAAAUUAUAAACUGAUUUUGAAAUAGAAUGUAUGCUUAUGAAAUUAUAAGCUAUUUCAUCUCCUUUUGUUUACAAUUUUUGCAGAAUAAUAUUCCUUUGAAAUAUGUUAUUUUGUAAGUAAAUUAUGAUUAUUUUAAUACUACUAAACGUGCAUAUAUUUCUAUAGAAUCCUCAUAUAUUUGCGCACUUCUCAAUGCAAGUUGCACUAGUCAAAAAUGAUCACGUAAUAAAAAUAAAUUAUGAAGUGUUUUAUUUUAAAAAUUUCAUGAUGAAAACCAGAUAAAUGUCCCUUACCUUCGCUUUCAUUGUGAAAAUUCACAUUUUUUUGCCAGUUUGUAUUUGUCUUGCGAAGUCUGGUGUUUGGGAUGCUUGUUAAAGUUUUGAAUAUUAUAUGAGCCAUUACUUAAUUUUUUUUCUAUCUUCUAGAGUAAACUUGAUAUUAAAAGUUAUGUGCAUCAUCUGGACUCUCUUAGUGUAUUGGACCUCUACUAAGACUUAUUUGUAACUUUCAACAUGAAAAAAUAAAGUUUUUGUAUAUAUAAAUAUAUUGAUGGAGUUGUGUGUUAUAAUCAUUUGACAUGGCUUGUCUUAAAAUAUAUAGCCAUAUUUUUUAGUGAUAUAGUUUUGUGAUAGACAUUUUAAGUUUUUCUUUAAGUUAUUUAUGUAAUGUUAGUUUCCUCCAUAAAAUAUAUAUGCACCAAUUUCA